CACCAUGGAGCCGCUAGUGCAACAGAUGGAGUGCUUCUCCGAGGUACUGGCCGUGUCGUGUGGGGCGGUGGUGCGCUCCUGGGAUGUGACGACCGUGCGUAGGGCGCUGCAGUGGGCGCGCUAUCUGCUCCACGUGUACCGACGUUUCGCGGAUCGCGGACGCGCUCGGGAGGCGCUAGAGAGACGGCUCCGGUCGCGGGGCGGGCCGCCGGGGCUGCGCAGCUUCGCGGCGCUGGAGUUUGGGGACGUGCGCCUUGCCCUACGCCUGCUGAGGAACCGCGCGCUCGCGCCCGCCGCCGCCCACGCGCUGCCGAGCCUGCUGUUCCCCGGGCCCGCCGCGGACACAGAGGACGACGCGCCGCAGUCGCGCUUGGCGCUCCUGGCGCGCCGCGGAAGCGCGCUGCACCUGUUGCUCCGCCUCGGCGGGGACGCGCCCAGGGGCGCGCUGCUGCGCACGCACGCGGAGCUGCUGUGCACGCGCCUGCACGAACUGGGCGGUGCUGACCCCACGGCCGGGCGUAAGCUCCUCGACACGCUGUGGGCGCGUGGGCCCCGGGAGCACGUGCUAAGCGUGGCGGGCGAAGCGCUGCUGCACGACGCGGACCUGGAGCCUUCCCGCGUCGCAGACUCUGCGGGUGCGGAUGGGACACAGGAGCUGCUGCAGUGGCUUCUAGAAAGCCCCGAGGUCUUGUUGGCAUUCUGCCGGCAGCUGCCCGCCAUGCGCCUGGCCUCCUUGGCGGGCCACCACCCAGCGCUGUCUCGCGCCUACCUGGGCCUGCUCACAACCUGGGCCACCCAGCUGCACUAUGACCUGCCCAAGGGCGCCUGGGUACCCACGCAGCCUGAGGACAUGCCCUGGGAGGAGCUAUGCCUCCGGCUGCAGAGCUUGUGCCAGGCCCCACCACCCCUGCGGGAAGACGUACUGGACACUCUGCGCUCCAGCAAGGCGCUGGAUGGAGAUUUUGAGGUUCCCGGGAUGAGCAUCUGGACGGACCUACUGCGGGCCCUGCCUGGCGGUGCUUGACAUUGAGUGUGGGAACAUGUGGGAAUAGGUUCUUAAGUCUCAGGCCGAGCAUCUGGACACACCUGUCUGAGGGAGGCAUAGAGGGAACAACAAACAUACUUCUUACCCAAGCCUCUACUCUGUCUGUCUGCAGUGUCCUGCUACUGCUUGACUAUACAGUUUACAAAACAGCAGCAUUCUCACCAAUGCCCUGUACCACAUGGUCCCAAAACCUAAUUAUUUAGAUGCGAACUUGAAGUGGUUCGUAAUACAAAUAUAAAUAUUUUUUUAAAGUGAUGUAUGAUGCCUUGAGUUUUCUAGAUACUGGAAAUAGUGUUAUUUCCAUUCUGGUGGUGGAUCCAAGAUCUUGCGCAUGUUAGGCAAGUGCUCUACCACUGAACUACAGCCCUACCCUUGGAAGAAUUCUUCAAGCCAUGAAAAAGAAAAAGCAGCUUUAAAUUUUCCACAGCCACGUUUUUAUCUGAUUGAUUUGUUUCCUGAUACUCUUCACUUUUAAUAGUGAAAAGUGUUGUUUAACCAGAAACACAUGGUAGCAUCAAAUGUUGGUUUCAAGGCUGACUGGACUAUAUAUAGUCCGAGUCCUAGAUGAGCCUUCCUUAACCUGUUUACCGACCUCCACGUGCGUUAAAUCUGUGCUGUGCAGAAAGUUUUGCCGCUCUUUUGUACAAGUCACUGCUCUAAGUCAAAAUAACAGGACAUUAGUUUAAAACAUUUCUUGAGUACACACUGAAGUGUUUAGAACACCGUAAAUGUAAAUGUAUCCUUUGGGGGUUAAAGGAACCUUUUGGAUGAUAAAGGAAUCAAACUAGUGAGUUAGAGAAUCAAGGCUGUUGGUUUUAAUAUGGCUUUCGAAAUCUUAUUCAUUAAGUGGCGCUUACCUGGCGAGAAAGCAACGAGGUUUCUCAUGAAAACUCUGUCCUCUGCACUGGCUUUUUCUUCCACAGGUCAGCCCCGACUCUGUUGCUUGAUGGAUCCCUUGGAAUACAUCCUUACUCUGCCUAUCCUGAUUCUUAUCUCAAGGUCUUUAUUCUUAGCAAGAAGACGGAAGACAGAAGGUAGAAGCCAUGACUGAUCCUCACAGCUAUAACAGCAGCUUGAGAACUACUUUCUCUAUUCUGGAGGACCACUCAAUGACAUCUUUGGUGUUCUAUUGAUCUCACAAAUCAGCCUGCAUCUCCUGGGGACCACUUAGGAGGCUCAUCACCAUGAUUCCCAAUUUCUUCUCCAUCACCUUGGAAUACAGCUUGUGAACAGGGAAUGUGAGUUCUCAGCUUCCUGC